AUGAAUACCACAACGGCAUCGAUCUGUUCAGCCACAGGCAAUGCAACCUCCAACUCAUCCCAUCUCCGCAAACCAUCUCGCUCCAAAUGUCAACGCCGCCCAGAUCCUAUUGGUCUACCCCGCCCAUCGACACCGAAGCCAAGACAGAAAGCUACCCCAAACGGCAUAGAGAAAUGGGUACACCGGACGAGGGGAGGCCAACACACGGCUCCGAUUCGGCUUCGACAUGUGCCGCCGAGCUCCGGCGACCCGCCAUUUGCCCGUUUCUACCGGUGGUCGUCCCGUCUUUCCUCUGGAAUCCUGCUGACCCCCGCAUGCAUACCGUCAACCCAAUUAGAGGAUCCGAGUUGCAUAUGGUGUGAUGUCGCGCAAACUUUCGCCUUUUUCACGGCCCGCGCGGUGGUGGUGUGGUGA